AUGGAUAAUUGUCAACAAAUAUUAAUUGGAAAUUUUACAAAAUGGCUUAUUGAUAAUGGUGUUAAUUUUGGUGAUUAUGAACUUAAAUAUGAUGGUGAAGAUAUAGGAUAUAGUAUUUAUACAAAAAAAUGUUAUAGAGAAAAUGAAAAAAUAAUUGAUAUUCCGGAUUCAUUAUUAAUAACGGCUGGAAAAAUAGCUAGAAUGAAGACAUAUAAUAAUAUUUGUUUGAAACAUAAAUUAAAGCCUUUACAUCUCCUUGUUUUAUUUUUUGCUAUUGAAUCUCAAAAUAUAAAUUCUAAAUUUAAACCUUAUUUUGAUAUUUUACCAAAAACAUUUAAUACACCAAUAAUGAAGAUACCUAAUUUAAAUCCUGAAUCUUUACCAACAAAUACAAGAGAAUUUUGGUUUGCUCAACAAAAAGAAUGGAAAGAAAUAGAAGAAAAACUUUUAGCUAUUGAAGAAUGUAAAGAAUUAGAUAAACAUCUUUUAGUUUGGGCUUGGCAAUUAGUAAAUACACGUUGUAUUUAUGUUGAAAACAAAGAAAAUGAAUUAUUAGAUAAUUGUGAAGGUGAUACAAUAGCAGUAAUUCCUCUUGUUGAUAUGUUAAAUCAUUCAUGUAAUGCUAAUACUAUAGCUAAUCAUUUUCCAAAGACUUCUAGAUAUUGUGUAACGUCAACCCGUAGUAUAGUUGAAGGAAAACAAAUUUAUGUUUGUUAUGGUGGACAUGAUAAUGGAAGAUUAUGGAUAGAAUAUGGUUUUACAUUACCAGACAAUAUUCAUAACAGAGUUAAAAUAAAUCAUAACUUAUUAUUUGUCUUACUAGACAAAUUAAAAAUUAAAGUUAGUAGUGGGCAGAAAAAAGCAAUACUUGAUGCAAAUUACCCCUUUACAUUAUUUGCUUCUGAUAUUGAACCUAGUUACUCAAUGAGAGCAAAUAUUCGAUUAUGUUUAUUGGAACCAAAAUUAUUAAUUAAUUGGAGAAAAAAUUUAAGUAGUAUUGAUGAUAAUGAAGCUGAGAAAUAUAUUUAUAAAGAGGAUGAUAUAUUAAAAAAAAUUUUAAAAUUAUUAUCUAAUUUAUUUUUAUCAAAAUCAGAAAAAGUUAGUAGUGAUUUAAAAUGGCUGUGGGUAGAUAAUAUUAAAAUAAUAGAACAAUUUUUGAUUAAUUGGGAAAAGAAAAAAAAUAAAGAUGAAAGUGAUUUUAAAUUAGAUUCAUUUAAACAAGAUGAUGAUUUUAUUUAUAAUAAUAUUCAAGAUAUGUCUUUAAAAGCAUAA